GGUCCCGCCCCCGCUUGGCUCCUCCUCCCUGGUCCCGGCUCCCCUCAGAAAUCUCGCGAGACAAGCCGUCCUUUCCCGCGAGGACUAGCACGAGGCGGCUUCGCCUCGGUGUCUCGCGCUGCGCUCCCGCUUUUGUGAAGCCGCAGGUUGCCUGAGGGAGGCGCGCGGCGCGGAAGGGGCGCGUGACACCUGCCCACCCCCUGCGCGCGCGCACUCUCCCACAUAACCCAACUUCUCAGGGGAGGGGAGUUUCAGACAUUAACGGCCGUCGACCUCUCUGGGGUCCCGGCUCGCCCCUCCCCGCGGGGAUGGGUUUUCUGAAGCUGCUGCUGCUGGAGAACUUCAAGUCAUGGCGGGGGCGGCAGAGCAUCGGCCCUUUCAUGAGAUUCAACUGCAUCAUUGGCCCCAACGGAUCAGGAAAAUCAAACAUAAUGGAUGCCCUUAGUUUUGUAAUGGGUGAAAGAACAGCAAAUUUAAGAGUAAAAAGUGUUCAAGAACUUAUUCAUGGAGCACACAUUGGAAAGCCAUUUUCCUCUACUGCAAGUGUGAAAAUAGUGUAUUGUGAAGAGAAUGGAGAAGAGAAAACAUUUUCAAGAAUUAUUCGAGGUAGUUGUUCUGAGUUUCUUUUCAAUGAUAAAGCUGUUAGCCGAUCUGUUUACACAGCAGAGCUUGAAAAAAUAGGCAUAAUUGUCAAAGCAAGGAACUGCAUGGUUUUUCAGGGAGCAGUAGAGUCAAUUGCAAUGAAGAAGCCCAAGGAGAGAACCCAGCUUUUUGAACAGAUUAGUAAUUCAUGGGAGUUUGCUGAGGAAUAUGAGAGAAAGAAGAAGAAAAUGCAACAGGCAGAGGGGGAUGCACAGUUUAAUUAUAACAAGAAAAAACAUGUGGCAGUAGAACGCAAGCAUGCAAAGUUAGAGAAAGAGGAGGCAGAGCGUUACCAGAUGCUGCUUGAAGAGCUGAAAGAAAACAGGAUACAGCUGCAACUUUUCCGACUUUAUCACAAUGAGAAAAAAAUUGACUUUUUAAACAACAAAUUGGAUGAAAAGAAUAUGGAUGUGAAUACCAAGGAAGACUCCCUUUCUUCUGCUGAAGACACAUUUAAAGCUAAGAAAAAAGUGCUUGGAAUGUUAAAUAGAGACCAACAACACAUGGAAAAAGAAAUGAAAACCCUAGAAGCGUCAUUGAAUCAGAAAAGGCCUCAGUAUAUUAAAGCAAAGGAGAACACUUCUCACCAAAUCAAGAAAGUAGAUCUGGCUAAGAAAUCCUUAAAAGAUAAUGAGAAACACCUUGCUAAACAAGAGCAAAACAUAAAAGAAUUGGAUACCGAGCUGACUGAUGUUGAGAGAAGUUGGAGAGCAUAUGAAAAGAAGGUUGAAGAGGAGAUGUUACAGAGAAGAGCAGAUGUUGAGCUGGAAGCAAGUCAACUGGAUCGGUAUAAAGAGCUAAAAGAACUAGCAAGAAAGAAAGUAGCUACAUUGACCCAGCAACUAGAAAAACUGCAGUGGGAACAAAAAGCAGAUCUAGAAAGGAUGACAUUUGAUGAGAGGAAGCAAAAAGAAAUUGAGACGCCAUACCACGGCAAGCAUGGAGCCCGCUCAGCUCACCGUCACCGCUGCUGUCAUGUCCUGGGUGCUGUUGUCAGCAGACGGUACAGUAGGACUGCUAACUGUCGUCAUCCACCGCUUCCGCUGCAACUCUGCUCUCCUGCAGACGCCAUACCACAGCAAGCAUGGAGCCCGCUUAGCGAAAGUAUAAAGCAAGUUGUGGAACAGAUAGAAGACCACAAAAAACGAAUUGAGAAGUUGGAGGAGUAUACCAAGUCAUGCACGUGUAUUUUUAAAUGUAAGAAACACUAUAUUUCUGAACUGAAAAGCCCUUCAUCUCUGUUACAGCUGGGAACUGAAGCAGAAAGCACUGAGGCUACUGCAGAUAUUUAUGAAAGAGAGAGAGCAAUUCAGAUAGACUACAGCAGUCUAACAGAUGAUCUGACGGACCUACAGUCUGAUAAAGAGAUUGAGGCUCAUCUGACACGACUGCAGCAGCAAAUAGUAUCCAAAGAAAAUGUUUUAUUCAAAACAGCUGCACCAAACCUAAGAGCACUGGAGAAAUUGCAGACUGCUAAGGACAAGUUCCAAGAAUCAGUAGAUGCUUUUGAGACCAGCAGAAGGGAAGCCAGGAUAUGUAGGCAAGAAUUUGAACAGAUGAAAAAAAGAAGAUACGAGCGUUUCAGCCAGUGUUUUGAGCAUGUUUCAGUAGCUAUCGAUCAGAUCUACAAGAAACUCUGCAGAAACAGUUGUGCUCAGGCAUUUCUCAGUCCCGAGAACCCCGAGGAACCAUAUCUAGAAGGCAUUAGCUAUAACUGUGUGGCUCCUGGAAAACGCUUUAUGCCAAUGGACAACUUGUCAGGAGGUGAAAAAUCUGUGGCAGCACUGGCUCUUGUGUUUGCAAUACACAGUUUCCGCCCUGCCCCUUUCUUUAUUUUGGAUGAAGUGGACGCUGCACUGGAUAACACAAACAUUGGCAAAGUAUCAAGCUUCAUCAAAGAGCAGGCACAGGAACAGUGUCAGAUGAUAGUUAUUUCUCUAAAGGAGGAGUUUUAUUCCAGAGCAGAUGCAUUAAUUGGAGUCUGUCCAGAGCAAGAUGAUUACAUGUUUAGUCAGGUACUGACUCUGGAUCUUACUGUGUAUCCAGACAUUGAUGACAGUGAACGAAAAGAGAAGCACAGAUACAGUUCCACACUGGAAUAAAACAUGAAAGUUUCAGGGCCAUCUGUGAAUAAUAAAAUUGUGAUUUCUACAGCCACCUUUCUGACAAGUUUGUAAGCUUUUUGAAUAUUGCUUUUAAAUAUUCUUAUACAGAAGUCCAAGAAUAUAGCUUCGUAACCCACAGAGCCAUUUCUUAGAAUUUGGAGAAGAAUAAAUGAUUGUAUUAUUUGACCUAGUUUUGUUUAGGGUUUUAUGGAGUACAUGUUCCUGUUGCGUUACAAAUUCAAAAUAUGCUUUUGAAAGACAUUACUGAAAUGGCUAAAUUCUAGUGACUAGUGCCUAAUCUCUUUAAGUAUGUUCUUGUUGGUUAGCAUUAAGAUAAACUAUGAAGUCCCAUUAAUAUAAAAACUGAUGAAUGAUGAGUGACUUUUUGAAUAUGGAUGCUAUGUUAAAUUCAUAUGA